GUCUAACUGCUGGCCGGCUCCAUCUCCACAGAUCCCCCCGACUCCUCCAUCUCAGCAUUCCCAAGCGCACAGCAAACCACCAGUUUGUACGCGCGACAGCGAGGUGGAGCACGACGAUGCAGCGUGCGAUGGCGCGCACGACCAGGAGUAUGGCGGCGCAAAGGCGCAGCGAGGCGGGCGCAGACCACGGCGAGGAGCAGGACCACGUCGUGGAGGCGAUGACCACGCCAAACAGCCAACCGUCAGGCGCAAUGGAUUCUCAUGGAGCACAAGGCGGUGCUGGGGCUAUCACUGGGAAUGUUAACCUAGCUACUUCCCCAACUCAAGCUACUACUGUGAGAGCAUCACAAGGUCAUGGUGGUGAUGGGUCUGUUAGAGUUGUAAUAAAAGAAAGCUCACAUCAAUUGUGUGGGAAGGAAUUUUUGAAAAGAAAAUUAUUAAUGGGGAACCGAAAGCUGAGUGCAUGAGAAUCUGAACGCUUAUUUCAUGUGGUGCCCUUCUCAGAUGUCAUUUUGUGAGAAUUUGAGUCUGUAUGUGAAUGUUGUGCCAAGGUA